GAAAUGGUUUUCAUUACUUUGUAAGUUUUUUUCCCUCUUUGGCGCCGGCCAUUACAUAUUUUUUUUUUCAUCGGCGUCUAUUUCUUUAUGCAACAAUACGACACGGCUCCAUUGGCAAGACGGCAAGGACUCUAGUACAAGUUUAAUAAUGGGAGGACAAAUGUUCCUGUCAAUAAUCAGCAUAACGCUAAUCGUCCUACAAACUCAACACACGACAGCAAAAAGAUUACCCAACUUCGUGCACGUGUGUAAAAGGAGUGAUCCUCAAUUAGAAAAAUGUUUACUGCAAACUAUCGAAUCUCUAAGACCCGAGUUACCUAAUGGGAUACCCAAAAUGCAAAUCCCGGUCUUGGAACCAAUGGUCAUACCUAUGGUGGCAGUAAAUAGAAAUGAGGAUGCCCUUAAAGUUAAGGCUACUAUUAAAGAUAUACAAGCAUGGGGUGGUUCUAAAUUUGUACUCAACAAUCUCAAGGUAAAUCUUGAAAAGCUGAACGGCGAAGGAACUAUUCUUCUCCCGAAUUUAUUCGUUAACUGUACGUACGACAUCGACGGUCGUUUAAGUCACAAAAAAUUAUAAAUUGUAAAUAGAUAUGCUAAAACUUUUUCUUGUUAAGCACAAACCCUUCCUAUUAAAACUUUUUCUAAAAAUGCCAGAUCAAACUUUAAAUAUUUGUUUACGAUUAUGUGAAAAUACUUGGAAUUUUAUUCUAAAUAAGUCGUACAUUUUUUAAUUGAAGACAAAUAAAGAUUUUUUUUUUAAAA